AAGUGUUGUAUCACAUUCCUGGAGGUUCAGAGUAGAAUUCGCUGAGGCGCUCGUGAAUACAGCCGACCAUAUUAGUAGACCUUCACGAAGAAAGUUGCUACUUCGUGCACAAUGAAAUUGUGAUUGAAUACUGAUUUACGACUUCAAGUAAGUAACAGUGGGGAAGUUGUACUCCUAACAGGAACUGAGUUGAAACCAACCCUGGACUUUGUGUGGAUUUGUGGUUUCUCGAUUUUUCCCAACAACCUGAAGUGUACAGCAGAUAUCACAGAUCAGUUUGAAGGAAGCGCGAAGCAAGACUAUCGACAUGUUUGAAGUUGGGAGACGUUUCGUGGCAAUAUAUCUGACCUGUGGUAUGAUAAGCUUGGCAAGAUUUAGCUCGGCCUCUAACAGCCAGUUUAUCACUACUACAAGAAAGGUUACUACACAAAAGCUAACAACAGUUUCUGAAAAGCCACACAGCACCUCUCGAACAGCGAGCGUAAAGACAAUUGGCACAGUAGAGAGUGUGUCCACUGAAGCCCCUGGUAAUACAACAGAUCCCUACGCUAAAACAUCGACUCGUUCACCGGGUGAAACAGCUAUCAGGCGAUCAUCUGUUUCUUCAGUGUCUUCUAUGCCGGGUGAUCACUCUCAUCAAUCCACGUCAGAAGCUGAUUCGGUUGGUACAGGUAAGUUGUGCUCAAGUGCUUCGAGUAAACUUGGUUGAAUGUCCGAGGCGCACCUAGUGCAAUGUAUAUAUGCCGC